UUGGCCUUUCAGAUUCUGGUCCCUGUCUUGCUCUUAACCAUCCUUCCUCGCCCUCCACCUCACCACCCAUUCCCCCACCCCCCACCUCUUUCAUUCAUUCACAUGUCCGUGGUAAGUCAGAGGAAAGCGAGACCUUAGACGCCUCAACCCAACCACCGGAUACCCUUCAAGUUGGCGGCAUUCCAGCCGUCUGACCUCUGUUAAAGUCUUGUCCGCGCAUUCCUCUCCCUCUUUUCCCAGAGGACACGCAAGGACAAUACCAACGCCGUGUCGCGACCAUGGCUCAACAACCAUACCUCUACAAUGUCGUCAGCAACAAUUCUCGAUUUCCAGAGCCAAAGUUUGACCCCAAGGCAGUGACCCGCGCAAGUUGGGAGCCGCAGCCGCGCAAGCCGAAGCCUGAUGGCCCUUUGGUUACCUUCAACCGUCAUCCCGAUGCUCAUCUGGUACUCAACCAUCGAUCCAACAACUAUGUUGCCCUCGGCCCUAGAACGAAGAGCUGGAUCAAGGCUAUGCGCAUCGUUCAGCUGUGCUUGAGGGUCCUAGAAUUGAUCGGUGCUGCUGGACUCCUUGCUCUCCUCAUCCUGCUAGACAAUAUUGAGACUUUAGCUGGCUGGGUCAUGCGUAUUACGCCGGGUGUGGCCAUGGUGCACUGCCUUUACGGCAUUUACCAUCUCCAGCGGCCUGCGGGAGGCCGCAGUCCUGCAUCGUCUACUGCCUACCAACUUUUCGCCAGCAUCUCCGAUCUCGGUGUUAUGCCCCUUUACGCCUACGGUGCUCUGACUGUCAACAACAGCGGCGGCACCUGGAAGACGCGCCUUUCCGACCAAAGCCUACUGGACUAUUUUCUUCCAGCCGUCUUCUAUACCUUUAUCGGUGCAGGGGGGUUGCACUUGAUCUCUCUCGGCAUCUCAAUAUGGCUUGGUGUCAUGUUCCGCAAAAUUACUGAACUGCCCCCCGACAUGAACCCCCUAGAGGACAACCUCACCUCCCGAGCCAAACACAAGAGAAAUAAGUCCAGUGUUGCGACCUCCAUGAGUGGCGACAGCGAAAAGAGACUGUCAACACCUCUCGAGGAUCGUCGUCGAUCAGGUGCUCCGUAUGAGGAUGUAUCUCGACCACCUAGCAUCCCCUUUCAACGAACCCGCGCCGGCUCCGACGUUUCUAGUUUUAACCGCAAUUCCUUUGUUGAUCUUCCCAGUCGCCAGUAUCAGGUUCCUCCAGGAAAUCUACAAAAUCAGACAACAGGCGUCAGCGAGUAUGCUCGCAUGUCUGGGCCUCGAUCCUCAUAUCGCGGGUCUUACACCGAGGUGCCACUCCACGAGACCAAUAUCGCAGGAUCCCGAACUUCUCUCUCCUCCGCAGUCCCGGCCCCUGGAGGCAAAUUCACUGAGACAUGGUUUGCGACAGACUCCAUGAUUUCCCGCACUCAGAAGCGGAACCGGGCCAUGGACCAGGCCACGACAGCUGCGGAUACGCAGCGACAGGGAACGAGGAACAGCACUUACGAAGCUCUGUCUCAACGAUACAACGUCGCAGAUUCCGAUUCAGAGCACGACGAGAACGACCUUGCUGGCAGUGACUUUGAGAAUGACAUCGGCAAGAGCCAUCACCCGAACCCAUUGAAGUCCCACCCGACGCCCCCCAAAACCAAGACUCCGUACUACUCGCUCAAGGAUACGACAUUGUCGGAAGUAGACCUCAACUCUCGUAGGGUCAGCGGUACCAACGAUAUUGCGGAUCAGAGACCUUCAUCGCUCGUCCCUCAACCCUGGCCGCGCAACCGCGACAGCUCCAUCCAACCCGAAGCUGAUUUCUACUCCAAGCCGUAUGGUGAGCUGAAGUCGGCGACUCCUCCGGUCAUGAUCGGCGGCAAUCGUCAAGUGUCGUCCGGCAACGACUUCAAAGACAACAAGUACUCGUCGGCUUAUGGAAGGCGUAACGUGAGUGGCAAGGUCGCUGAAGAGGGCCUCGCAGGGUCGAAGGGCGUUCAAUAUGGCGUGGCGCGGUGAUGAGGAGGUUUUCGUACGCAGCGAAUGAAGUGUUUGUUUUGGGAGUUUGAUACGAGAACACGGGUUGAUUUUCACGACAUCCGGUCGAAAAAGACUAGGAAGGGUAUGGACAGCUUCAUUAAAUGUAAAGUAAAGUAACAAGAGAAGGCAACUACGCUGUGAUACCAAUACGAAUAACAAAAGUCACUU